ACGGAAAACAACAAUUGUAUAUUGGUCCGACUCUGUGUUGUUUCAUAUUUGGACCCAACAAAACAGCUUUACUUGAAGCUACCUCAACCCAGUCCGACCAAAAUGUUUUCCUUCAACGUAUUCGACCACCCGAUGCAACGGGGAUUGCAGAAUCGGUUCUCCACUCAGUACCGCUGUUACUCUGUGUCAAUGCUGGCAGGUCCCAAUGACAGAUCCGACGUUGAGAAAGGGGGCAAAAUUAUAAUGCCACCAUCAGCUCUUGAUCAACUAAGUAGGCUUAACAUCACCUACCCCAUGUUGUUCAAGUUAACGAACAAAAACUCUGACCGAAUGACACAUUGUGGUGUUCUGGAGUUUGUGGCGGAUGAGGGAAUCUGCUACCUCCCACACUGGAUGAUGCAGAAUCUCCUACUGGAGGAGGGAGGUCUGGUCCAAGUGGAAAGUGUAAACCUGAUGGUUGCCACCUAUUCCAAGUUCCAGCCACAGAGCCCAGACUUCCUGGAUAUUACAAACCCCAAAGCAGUGUUAGAAAACGCCUUGCGGAACUUUGCCUGCUUGACAACCGGGGAUGUCAUUGCAAUCAACUACAAUGAAAAAAUCUAUGAGCUGCGUGUUAUGGAGACAAAGCCAGAUAAAGCUGUGUCAAUCAUUGAGUGCGAUAUGAAUGUGGACUUUGACGCUCCUUUGGGUUACAAAGAGCCAGAAAGAAGGCCUCAGCACCACGAGGAGCCUGUGGAGGAAGAAGGGGAUCCAAACAGCUAUGCUGACAUGGACCUGGGGUUCAGAGCUUUCACUGGAUCUGGUAAUCGCUUGGAUGGCAAAAAGAAGGGCAUUGAGCCCAGCCCCGUCCCCAUUGAUCCAAAUGACAUCAAAAGAGGCAUUCCUAACUACGAGUACAAAGUUGGAAAGAUCACCUUCAUCAGAAACUCAAGACCACAGCCUAAGAAACUGACAGAUGAUGAGGAUGCUCUGAGCAGAUUCAUUGCCUUCUCUGGAGAGGGAAAGUCGCUGCGCAAAAAGGGCAGGAAGCCGUGAAGAUUUAAUUUUAAUAUAUGGAACUGGAUUUUGUGUGCAAGCGCACCACACCUACACUUAAGCAAUUAAAAGUGGUAUUUUGAGACAACAGGGAUAUGCAUUUUCUGUCCCUUUUUUUUCAUCAAUGACAGGAUUGCAACAAUUUUGAAUUAGGAAUUACUCUGGCAAUGACAAAAAACUGAACAUGAAUUUGUAAACACAAUGAAAGUAUGUGUUUACUGUUUUACUUUACUUUACCAGAGAUGUUAAAUAACCUGGCCUUCAUGUUUUUGAUCUUUUUGAAACCCUGGACAAUGGCUCUUCAACCACCUGACUGCUUUUAGUGCAAGAGAUCAAACUAUAAAUAGGACUUAUGAGUUAACAUUGUGAGAUUUCAUUCCUUGAUGUGAAAUUAUUUUCUUUUUUUUUCAUUUAUAGACAAAAUAAAGAUGUUAUUCAAUAUAAAAUG